CUUUGUGUUGAACAUUCAUUAUUUGUUACAUACGAGGAUUCAUUUUGUGGAGCACUUUUGCACUUUAAUCCAUGUUUUGAGAAGAAGUAUGCCUAUAUCAAGAAGUACUCGUACCCAUUUCAUUUACCAGUUCAUCAUACUAACAUUACUAUUUUUAAGCAUUGGAUAUCAUGAAUUGUUACCAGAUCGGAAAUUUAUACUCUUUCUUGCAUUCAUUCCUAUGUUCUGCUAUCAGUUUGUGAUCUUAUCUUAUUGCACCGGACUGUUAUCAGUGCCAAGCUGGAUGAACUUUGAGGAUUCUCCACGUAAAACAGAGUCACGAACAGAAAAAAAUGCUCAGAAAUCAUUAGGCGAGCAAGAAGUUCCUGACUUGCAGAUGUCGAAAAAACGAACAGCAUUAACCGACUAUGACAAUAUUUCUAGUGGAUGCCUCUUUGAACCAAAUCGAUACACUUUAAGGAAUUGGAAAAAAGAGCUUGACAAUAUCGAAAUACCCUCUGCUUUUCUAGAUUCUAAAAUUGUUGAACAGUGCAGAGAUUUUCGAACUCACGAGUCUAAGCAUUCAUUGCCAAGAUCUAGAACAUUUCAGACCCUUGAUUUGGAGUCUGAUUUCUCGAAGAGUUAUUCUUUUCCUUUUCGCCAAAAGAGGUUCGGAAGAUUGAGAAAGUCUAAAGAAAAUCUGAAACAAUCGAAUUCAUUUCUUAAUAUUCCAUGCCAAUCUUCAGAAUAUUCUGCAGCCACUGAUCAAGAAGCCAGACGAUUCAACAUAACUGUUUCAAAGGCUGAAACAACAAAGAAUCUGGUAGACGAGCUUACUGGACAAACAGAAGUACCUGACCUUACCCGGUUGGAGUCUGAUGGAUCCAACAGUACACUCGAUAUUAAAAAUCUACCUUUCAAACCGUACACUUCUAAGUUUUCUUUAGGACACAUGAAUAAAUUGAAAAUUGAAAUAUCUAACAGAUUUUCCAGGAGCAGGAAGCAAGGAAAGACAGAAAAUGAGGACGUAGGCUAUAAAGCUGGGAAAAGAACGCCAGUUUUUUCUAAAAGAGGAUUUUGUUCUACUGAAAAUAUUUCUUCGGAGCCUACGCAUAAGAAAGGAAUAAGAUUUUAUGUUCGUCAAAAAUUUGGGAAUAAAGGAAGAACGACUGAUAUAUCCCGAGAAAGUGGAUUAUUUCAGACAGAAAAUUUCGAAAUAAAUGAGCAAAAGCCAGCAUUUAGGUGGUAUAACGAAAAUAAAUGAAAUUAAUAAGAAGAUUUAAAAUAAAAGCAGCAGAUUUAAACCGGAAGAUUCUUAGAUCUCAUUUAUUGAAGAUAUUUGAUAUUCAGAGAAGAAAUAAGAAAACAUAUAGUUUAAGGUUACGAAGAAAAUUAAUUCGGUAACUUUUGUAGAAGUUUCUUUCAUUAAUCUGAAAAGAUUCCACUUUGAGAAUUAACAGUUGCUUAAAAUACUGAAUAUCUCAUGCCUAUUUCAGAUUUCUUCCAUGAUCCUUCUACAAGUUUUCAUUGUUUGACGAAUAGGAUCACUAGAAACCGAGAGAUUUAAUUAGUAUUGAAUUAUUGCGAAUAUCAAAAACAUUAUGGUAUUCGUAACAUUAUGGUAACAUUUGGUAUUCGUAUUGUAAAUUCUUAAAUAAUUAAAAGAACCUUUUAAAAGUCUCUCUUUGAUCUUAAGGUGACUUAGCAAUACUUUUUGUAGCAAUAUUUUCUAUAUUAUUUAUUUCUUAGCAAUAUUUUGACUUAGCAAUGUUGAAUUUUAAUUGCCGAAAAGAUUUGGACCUAACAAAGUUAAUUUACUUGCAUUUUGGUUUAGAUAAGUAUUGUAUAUGAAAGCAGUAAAAUUAAUUAUAUCCUAUUCUCUACCAAUUCUGUUUGUAUUACGACUCGUGCCAAGAAGGCAGUCCAAAAUGUUGAACGAAAGGUGCAUUUAAACAAAACAAAAAAAUUUCUGGUAUUAUCCAUAAAGCUGUAACUUGUAUUAAACCCAUCUUUGUGUGGUGGCACUUGCAUCUUUGAUAUUAAAAAUUGAAAAUCUGAUGUAAACAGAAUUAUCAUAAGUGCCUUGAUGACAGACUUGUACACGAAAGUAGGCUUUUUUUAAUAUACUGCCAAGUAUUUGGCUUUUGUUCUAUAAGCAGAAAAUGUGACAAAAUAUUUGGCUUAAAAAUGGUUUAAUUUUCAAAUCUUUUAUGUUUAAAUAGUCUUGAUGUAAUUCUUAGAGAAAAACUUUUUUUUUUUCCAACGCAUGUAGCACAAAGUACAAAUUUGACAAAUAAAUUGAAGUAAUCAGG